UGCUGAUGGGAUUUUCUAUAUAAGCCUUAUUUUGGAGCAAUCAGUCAAGGCAAAAUAAAAAGAGAGAAAAACAGAUCAGGAAACCUUUGUUUCCAGGAAAAAUAAUUUUCCAAUGAAGGAAAAUCCAGGUGCUUAAGAAAGCAAUUAAAGCUACGAUGGGACUGGAAUACAGCCCUCCUGAAAACAGCAGCAACUGCACCACUGACAGCAAGAUGAAUCAAGUUCUCUUUCCUUUGUUAUACACUAUUAUCUUCUUUAUUGGCAUCAUCAUGAAUGGCCUGGCCAUGGGAGUUUUCUUCCAGAUCUCCAGCAAAUCAAAUUUCAUUGUCUUUCUUAAGAACAUAGUGAUUUCUGACAUCCUAAUGGUAUUAACGUUUCCAUUCAAAAUUCUCAGUGAUGCGAAACUGACUUCCUGGAAAUUGAGAGGGUUUGUUUGCAAGGUGACUCAGGUCAUAUUUUACUUCACCAUGUACAUCAGCAUUAUUUUUUUUGGACUUAUAACGUUUGAUCGAUAUUUGAAGACUGUCAAACCUUUCAAAUCAUCAAGAACUAACAAAGUAUCCGCAGCUAAGAUAUUGUCUAUAAUUAUCUGGAUUUUCAUGUUUUCUAUUUCCCUCCCAAACAUGAUUUUGACAGACAAGAAGCCAACAUAUGAGAAUGUGAAGAAAUGUGCUGACCUCAAAUCUUCCUUAGGAUUAUUAUGGCAUGAAGUUGUUACAUAUAUUUGCCAGUUUAUCUUCUGGAUUAAUUUGGUUGUAAUAGUUGUAUGCUACAUACUCAUUAGCCAGGAAUUGUACAACUCCUACAAAAGAACAAGACGUUUGGGAAAGGCAAACAAGAAGACUGUGAACAUCAAGAUUUUCAUAAUUAUUGGUGUAUUUUUUAUCUGCUUUGUUCCUUUCCAUUUUGCUAGAAUUCCUUAUACUUUGAGCCAAACUAGAGAUGUUUUUCAGUGUUCAACCCAGAAUAUUUUGUUUUAUAUAAAAGAGACCACUUUGUGGUUGACUUCCUUGAAUGCAUGCUUAGACCCAUUCAUUUAUUUUGCCCUCUGCAGAUCAUUUAGAAAGUCUCUUCUAAAUAUUUGGCAUAAAUGUGUAAUGAAAACAAGAGAGGAUCAUAGUAGAGAAACUACAGAUGAAGAGACACCAAUGUAGAUAAAUAAGAAACCUAGCCAAAUAUAGUUUGUACCACUCUGAUAUAGAAGAUAUAUUUUCUAAAUUCUACAUUCUUGGUUUUACAGAAAACAGGAAUCACACAUAGCCCAUGAUACUAACAACCAGCUCCAGAAUUAUCACUGCUGCAUUUUCUUUUAAUAUCAUAGCUACAAAGAUUGUUUCAUACUAAAAAAAAAAUAACUGGACAGUAAAAAAAAUUCUGCGUACUUAAAGAAAAAGGCUCCUUAGAGGAAGGCAGGGAGAACUAAGUAUACAAAAAACAAAAGACUAUUAAGAAAUUCAGUUAUACUGAUAAGUAGACAUCACUCAGAAAUCCUACACACAUACAAAGAAAAAAGUGUUGCAAAAUCUUCAAUCCAGAAACUGCUAUUAGUAAUUUUACAUAAUUUUAAGGUCUAGUUCCCAGACACUCUAAUAAUCAACAUCCUCAAUUCCCUUUCACUUCAGAAAGGCAAACUAUUUAUGCAUCAAUAAAUUAAUAAUUAUAUUUGUAACUGAAUUUUCUCAAGGAACCUUGGGCCCUUUGUUUCUGGAUUAAUUAGAAGUCUUUCUUCCUUGGAUUACUUAUGUAAACUAACCAAGCAGUUUUUAAUAUAUAACUUGGUAGUUUAUUUAGUUAGUAAAACUAAAUAACACUGGCAAUUAUUUAUUAUAAAUCAUUUUCCCCAAAAUUGUGGAAAAGAGGCACUUAGUUGCUUUAUAACAUUCUACCACAACACAGAAUAACACUGUGUUCUUACUUUAUAAGGCCAUUUUAUUAUUUUUGCUUUAGAAUAAGAUCUUAUUUGCUGCAUAUUAGUGUCUGAUUAUGAACUGUACCAUCAAAUUGAUAGUGUUUAGUGACCAUAUAUUUUUCAAGAUUACAUAUUAAUAAACAUCUUAUAAUUCACUGUUUGAGUGCCUUAAAAAUAAUUUAAGAAAUACAAUAAUAAUGUCAUAUACAAUUUAUUUUUAUUAAAUGAUGUAAUAUUUUGAUGGUUCCAAAAAAACCCCCUACAUAACAGAAAAUACGCCUUUGAAAUAAAAAAAAAUCUCUGCUUAGUAAGCCUUUUUUCUAAAUUGCUUUCUUAAGACAAAUAAAUGCUUUUAUGUUCUUCAAUUUCAUUUUUUAAAUAUAUAAAUUAUAAUUCUGGUAUGGGUGUCAUGUAACACAAUAUAAAACUGAAUUUUACUGAUAUGAAAAUGAUAAUCAAUUGCUAACUAAUUACUGAAAAAACAUCUUGCUACUGUGAAAUAGCAAAUUAUAAGUAGGACAAUCAUGGCAAACUACAAUUGCAAAAGUCACAAACACCAAAUCUCAAGUCACAAUAUGAAGGUGAUUUAGAUACCUUGCACAAUAUGUUUGCAUGAAAUUUUGCAUGAAUUUCAUCAAAUUCACAAAUUACUGGGGAACAGUUGUGACCAUUUUUUGCUUGAAGAAAUUGCUGUGUAAGAUAAUGGUAGAGGAAUUAAGGAAUUAAAUAAAUGGGAAAUGAAAGCAGUUCUAGAUUGUGGUUUGUGGUUUUUUUUGGAAAAAAAACCCUCCAAAAGGACAAAAAAAGCAGAACCUAUUAAAAAAAGAGACCAAACCUAAUCACAACAUGACAGAUCUCA